AUGACCGAGUGGGCGCAAAGUUUGAAGCAAGAUCGCGAGUACGAAACCGAUGAAACCAUUAGCCUUUUGAUAGCUCUGCGACAGAUUGAUGACCAAGUACAAGAUGAGUUGUUCACGGCUGAUACUUCGCAACUGCCAAUGUCUGAUGGCCGAGCGUUGAUGCAUGUUCGAUUCAUAGAUGUACAACUCGAUACAUGGAAACGGGAGUGCAACGGUGUUCCCUCUCAACGACUACUCGAACUCUCCUUCUCAUACGCCAAGAUGCAACUACACAGCGUAGCCCUUCGGCCAUCUCCUUCGGAGUUACCGGCAUCGGUACGUUCGUCACAGAUCAACAGCCUGCUCUCCGCUCUUGAAGCCAGCAAGCGCUUUCUCGAUACUUUACUUUCAUUUCCAGCCCACGAAUAUCACCUCAUAUCGUUCUCGGAGUGGAUGCGAUUACCACCAGUCAUCAUGACGGUCGCCAAGCUAUGCAUACCCAGUGAAGACCAUGCCGCCAUUGGGUGGGAUACUGAAGCUGCUCAAGAAAGAGUGCGCUUAGAUCUCUGUCUUGAAUCACUUUGCUAUCGAAUGCAGACUCUAUCGACGUUCGACAAAAUAAAGCGACCCCACCCCGACUUCUGGCACGCUAUGCGGAUGAUCAAUGAACUGACAAAAAACUGGUACAUUCGCAAAAUCCGACCGGAGCGGCCUAGCCAGACGCCAUCAGGAUCUACGCCCAGCGACUCAGUUGAGCGGAGUAUGAGCGGAAGCUCAUGUCCCAUUACCAGCGCACCAACAACGUGUCCAACACGACACGCGGAAGAUCAAUACAACACGCUAGCAGACACCAACUAUAUGGAAGGCUUCGGCAUAGACAUAAACCAAGUCCCCGUGACCGAGGUUAGCAACGACCCCUUCGCGCUUAUGAGGGGUGCCGAUUUCGACAUGAGCCAAUUCUUCGAUAUGGCGGGAGGUAUUUGGGGGGAGGACAGCUACAACAACUACACUGGCAUGUCUUUUGGAAAUGGAGCACCGUUCUGA